AUGGUGGAGCCGCCCAAUACAGCGUAUGGGAAUAAAGGCUCAAUGGUCCUUGGGAUCAGCUGGGCGGAGACCGCCUUGGCUCUGGUACUGGUGGCGCUGCGGGCGAAGACCGCCGCGUUUUGUCUACCAGGGCAUCCGCGGGCGGGGAUCCUCGGUCUGCGCUGGGAUUUCAUCUGGGUGAUCAUUGCGCUGGGGCUCGCCCUGUGCAGUCAGAGCCUGAUGACUGCGAGCGUCCACUACGACCUUAUCAACCACAGCGAGCCACCCGUGCAUGGAUACCUCGUGCAAUCUAAGUUAUGGUCGUGGAUGGGUCAGAUCACCUCUCUGCUGGCCAUGGCAGUGGCGCGGAUCGCGGUUGUCGCACUGCUGCUGACGCUGCAGUCCGGGACGGCAUGUCGCGGCAGGACAGCCCUCUACCUCAUGGCCGCAUUCCAGUUGAUCAUCAGUUUGGUUUUGGUGGUCCUGAUGUUGGCACAAUGCCAGCCGAUGGCGAAGCUCUGGGACAACGAUCUCGACGGUGCCUGUCCUUUGAUCGUCAUGUGCUCGCGAUUUGGCUAUUUCCAUGGCGUCACGGUGCUCCUGGAUUUGAUCCUCGCCUUUUACCCGCUGUACAUCAUCGGACGUCUGCAGCAGAUGAAGCGGUCGACCAAAGUUAGCCUCUGUCUGAUCAUGUGCGGAGGACUGAUAUCUGGGAUCGCCGGACUCAACAAGACGGUUUCCAUUACCCAAAACACCGAGCUGAUCGGCACCGGUACCACCAGCAAGGUCAACGUCUGGGCCCUGACCGAGAUGUGGUUCAUCAUCAUCUUCGGGUCGAUUCCCGUCCUUCGGGCGUGCUUCGUUCGUUUCACGCAGGAUAUCAAGAAGACAGCCGCACGGUCCAGCGGGGCGUCCUCCGACCCGUCCGACCCGGACGGCUCCUGGGUUGAACUCCACAAUCGGUCACAGAGCGUCUGGGUCACGCGGGGACCUACUCACGCCACCGAGGGGUGUCCGGUGCGGCAGAUCCUGGUAACGACCAACACGAGUGUGGUGCGAGAAGGGAAGUAG